UGGUGCUUUAAAACUAAUUUAGACUAUAUUCAAAUGGAACACCUGGAUGAUUCUGCCCCGGAGGAUGAGGACGUGUUUCAUUUUGAGUCUGAGCACCUGGCUCUCCGUGGCAAUGAGUGCUAUUCCAGCAUAUUGCGCACCAUUGCGGUGUUGCAAGCCCAACGCAUUCGUGUCCACCAGCAGAUUGAUGAGUUAGAAGCGACUAGGAAAAUUUACCUGAACAAUCCGCAGCUAUUGUUAGACAAACUACGCAGCAACGAGCCGCUGAUAUCGGACAACUAUAUAGUCAUAGCGCCCUUGCCAGAGCUACCCACAUUGACGGCCAAGGACGGAGCCGGAGUUUCCACAAAUCAGAUGGCUUCUUACACUCCAGAAUUACCGCAGUCCCCGGAAACAGUGAACGACAGCAAUAUCGGACGGUCGGUUAAACACCACAACCGCCUCUGGACCAACGAGGAGCAGCGACAUUUGGAGCGGCUGCUAAUUCAGUAUCCGCCGGAGGAGGUGGAAAGCAGACGCUUUGCGAAGAUAGCCAAAGCCUUGGGGAAUCGGACAACGCAGCAGGUGUUCAGUCGCAUACAGAAGUACUUCCAGAAGCUACACGAAGCUGGCAUGCCGGUACCAGGUCGCCUGCCCAAAUAUCGCCGACCACCCCUGACCAAACCCAAGUUCAAUAUACGCCGAUCUACGUUCUUUCCUGCCCAGAAUAUAUCUCUGCAAAUGCCCGAGGAUGAUAUAACACUGGACGAACUGCGAGGGCAGUCUCCUGCGGGCGCUUUGUCGCCCGCAUUCCCACAAGCCAAGUUGGAACCCAAGGCCGAGACCGAUGGCCUGGACGGCGAUCUGGAUAAAGAGGCCAAGCGUAAGGAGCAGCUGCGUCUGAAACUUCUCACGGCCGUACUCGAAGAGAAACAGCAAAUCGAAGAUGGCUACAAUCCCGAUCCGAUGGCGCCCAAGUGCGCCGAAUGUGAGGCGGCGUCUGUGACCAGGACGCACUGGCGCUGUGAUAGCUGCUAUUGCCAUAUAAAUUUAUGCGGCGACUGUCUGGCCGGUCAGUUGAUCGAAGAACGCUUCGAGCAUAUGGGCCACGAAGUUGUUGUGGAUCAGGACUCAUAGUUUUCUUCCAAUUAAUACUUAUUUGUAAACAUUAUAAUAAGACAAUAAAAAAUGAGUAAAUUCUAUGUUGAAACCAAAUUA